GUCCCAGGAAGGGAAAUAAAAACGAAACCAACGGUGUUGAUAUACCUAACCCUCUCAUCUGAGUCCUCUCCUCUCUCCUCUCUUCUCCAGCGUCCGAUCCAGUCCAAUCCCAUUCCCCAAAUCCAAUCUCCUUCUCUCCCGCCCUUUUUUUCCCCCAAGGAUUUCUGAGUUUGGAGGUAUGGCGGACGUGCCGGCGAGUCCAGGCGGAGGGAGCCAUGAGAGUGGCGGCGAGCAGAGUCCUCGAUCUAAUGUUCGGGAGCAGGAUAGGUAUCUUCCUAUUGCUAACAUCAGUCGCAUCAUGAAGAAGGGCUUGCCUGCUAACGGUAAGAUCGCCAAGGAUGCGAAGGAGAUCGUGCAGGAAUGUGUCUCCGAGUUCAUUAGCUUCAUUACCAGCGAAGCAAGUGAUAAGUGUCAGAGAGAGAAGAGGAAGACUAUUAAUGGGGAUGAUCUUCUCUGGGCUAUGGCUACUUUAGGGUUUGAAGAUUUCAUUGAUCCUCUCAAGACUUACUUGAUGAGAUACAGAGAGGUGAUUUAACUUCCAUCUGAUUCCUUCGCUUGGUUACCUAGAAUGAAAAUGUUGAAAUAAUGAGUAUGAUUUAGUAUUUCUGACACAUUUUGUUCUGUUUCAAGAUGUAAGUUACUUUUGAAUUUGGUGUUGAGUUGUAUAUUUUGCCUUACUGGUAGUGUUAAGUUUGUUAUAAAAAGUUUCAUCUAACUGAUAGAUCUUUUCCUUUUUUUUUUUUUGUGUGUGUGCGUGUUAUAUUGGUUGGUUGGGACACUACAGAUGGAGGUAAGUUCAUAUUCUUGACUCAUGAUUUUACUUUACUAGUUUUUCUGUGAUCCCCCCAACUUUCUCUCUUAUAUUGUGUUAUUCUGUAAUUGAGCUGGUUUUACUGAUGUUCUGAUUGACAAUUUAUGGUGUUUGAUAGGGUGACACUAAGGGGUCAGCUAAGGCUGGGGAGGCAUUUGCGAAGAAGGAUGUCCAAUCAAGUUCAAAUGCACAGAUUGCUCACCAAGGUUCAUUCUCGAGAGGUGUUAAUUAUGGGAAUUCUCAAGCCCAACAUCUGAUGGUUCCUAUGCAAAAUACAAAGUAGUAAUGCGCACUGCCUUCAACAAGUUCCGGAUCCCAUUCAAGAUGUUGCUCGAGUGCUGAUAACAAGGGAACCAACAUUAUGGGUACUUUUCAUCCUCCUGUUCGUGCAGACAAUUAUUUUAUAAUAUGGUUUUGUAUAUUUGGUUGUUCUUUAAAUAGUCAUUCUUUGGAAUUGAGUGACUAUUCAAAGAAAUACUGUAAUUAUUAGUGUUUAUUGUAGACUUUGCCACCCCUGGGCUAGGUUGUUGUAACAUUUGAUAAGACAUGGUUAGAAAACAUCCCAUUUUAUUGUUCCCUUUAAUUAUUAUUUUGGACAAUGUAAGGAUUAAUGUUCCAUAGUAUUUCAUAAUGCUGAAUUUCAUAGAUUACUAUGGUCCCCUCAUGUAGGUAUUGAUAUUGAAGCUGCCAAUUCUGUACCACACGCAGCUGUGCCUGUAAUCUCUUAGCCUCAUCAUAAUUGUUCGGUAAUGAUUCAGUUACAAUAAAUUUUCCUGCAAUUUUUUUCCAAUAUGAUGUUGCAUCAAAUAAGUGCAUGUAUGCAUACUUAUUAUUCAUGCCUUGCCCUAAGUUAAAAGAGUCCAUCGCAAUCACUCUGCUACUAGUUUGAUGUUGCAAUAAAAUAUUGAGGGCAAU